GUUUACACAGAGCACUCAUAAAUAAAGCACUGUGUAUCAAGGACAUCUCUGGAAACCCCAUCAAAGAAAAGACACCAUAGGCCCUGUCCUCUUGUUCUUCCUUCCUACACCAUGUGGAAGGACAGACAGGCUCUGCAAUGUCUGAUUUCAGUUCUUCUUGCCUUCCUGACCUCUGCUUCCUUAUCACCUGGACAACCGAAGUAUAUGGUGCUGGUCCCUUCCCAGCUCUACACUGAGACCCCUGAGAAAAUCUGCUUCAAUCUACACGAUCUGAAUGAGACAGUGACUGUCAGGGCCUCCUUGCAGUCUAGCUGGGGAACCAGAAGUCUUUCCAAUGAGUUUGUGGUCGACAAGGACAAGUUCCACUGUGACUCCUUCACUCUCCCCAGAGUCUCAGCUUCAGAUGAGAAAGUGUCCCUCUCUGUCCACAUCAAAGGACCGACACACGAAUUCAACAAAAAGAGUACAGUGCUGGUGCAGAACAAAGAAAGUGUUGUCUUUGUCCAGACAGACAAACCCGUGUACAAACCAGGACAGUCAGUCAAGUUUCGGGUUGUCUCUAUGGAUAAAAACCUACGCCCCCUCAAUGAGUUGUUUCCUCUGGCUUACAUUGAGGAUCCAAAGACGAAUCGAAUUAUGCAGUGGCGGGAUAUUAACAUAGAGCAUGGCCUUAAGCAGCUGUCCUUCAGCCUGUCAUCAGAGCCUAUUCAGGGCUCCUACAAGAUAGUGAUA